AUGCUUGCUGCAGUUGAAUUUACACAGGCCUCCAAAGGCGUAGCAUUUUUGGCUCUUCUUGGCCUGGCCUUCUCAUGGGCCGUACUGCCAUUCCUACAGAAACGCCGACAGAAGAGCAAAGUCGUAGACUCUGCUCCAGAUGAGCCACUAUUCCAAACGCCAUUGCCUACCCCCUUGGAGAACUUCGACCUCGGCAGUAAGGAGCCACAGCCUUACAGGCCCUUCCGCCAUGGAACGACUCAUGUCACCAUGGGAAUCAGAAAGCUCGACUGGGACAAUUGGAUUGAGAUUGAUUCUAACUACCUGUCCUAUCAUGAUCUCAAAGUCAGCGAGUUGAACAAGGACCUUGCCGCGCAUGUCGGUUACGUCGACAACGCCGAUACCAGAGACGCAUGCUUCGAAAUCUACGAGGAACUGACGCAGUACCUUUGUCAUCGCUACCCGAAGAUGUUCCAGUUGAAGGAUGGGAAGCUCAACAACCUACUCACUUCAGAGGUAUUCCCGUAUCCAGCUGCUACACCAACAGAUGCUUUGGCUACGUCGGCCAAGCUAAUCCAGGAUGAUAUUGUCUUGAUGGUCAAGGAAGACGAUGGCCAAUACCACGUCGAUGCAGCGGCGGUCUGUCUCCCAGGGUUUUGGCGCCUGAAGGAGAAGUUUAGAAUGUCGCUCGACGAGCUGCAUAUCGAAGCUGGCGUCCCGCACUAUCAAACGAAGCUCCAGAAAUCAAUGAACCGCUUCUUCCAGACUAUGCGCCCAGAGAAGCCCGUGACGCGGAACAAUUUCUUCAUACAACUUGACGAUGGGCUUCACUGGUCCCACAGAAUGGGCGACCAGAAGGGCAACGAGGUCGCAUCAUGGGCAACUGCCAACAGCGCGAGCCUCACCGUCGACGAACUCCACUUCCGCUCCGAACGGCAGACGCUGAGGAGAUUGCCACGAUCCAAGGCCAUUGUGUUCACCAUUCGCACGUACUUCGAGCCCAUCCCCGUGAUCGCGAAGGAACCCCACGUCCCCGGCCGUCUUGCCGAGGCUAUCCGAAAUUGGGACGAGUCGAUGUCGCAUUACAAGGGGAAGACACACUGGGACAAGAUCCUGCUGCCGUAUCUGGACGAGCAGCAUGAGAAGCAGAUGGAGAGUGGUAUCUUGGAGAAACACCCCGAGGCGGAAUUUCCCUACUGA